UGAGAGAUUAUGAAACAUUUGAAGUUUCUGUCAUCACAACAGUCGGUCACCAUGACGACCAAGCGGGGACUCAUCACCGACUCCUUCAAGGUGGUGAAGAAAAAGAAGAGAGGAGGGAAGCAGGAGAAGAGCCCCACGCCGCCGCCCCCUCAGACAGAAGAGGUUGCAGAUCCCGUCCAGCAGGAGGCGCUGCAGAAGCUCAGAGACUUUGACCUGAACUGGAGAUUUGGACCGUGCACAGGUGUGGGCGCAAAUGCAUCAAAUGAGAUGACUGAGAGCUUUAAAGGGGGGCAGGCCUGCA